AAUCAUUUUUUCAGUUCAACACUUGAACAAGAUCACUAUCGCUUUCUCUAUCUAAAAAAUCCAUUGAAGAAAGAGAGGAUCGGAUAUGUCUGCAAUCCCGUUCAAUUCGACGUCGUUGGACACGGCGUCGCCGCCGCUGCUACGGCCACGGCAGGACGGUAACCGCGGCGGGGGGAGCAGCUCGCAGUCGCUGGCGGCGCUGCUGGGGCGGGUGACGGGGCGGCGGGGCGCCUCGAUGCUGGUGCGCGAGACGGCGGCGCGGCAGCUGGACGAGCGCCGCGCCGACUGGGGCUACUCCAAGCCGGUGGUGGCUCUGGACAUGAUGUGGAACCUGGCUUUCGUGAUCGUCUCGGUCGUGAUGCUUGGGUGUACGGUUGCCGAGAGGCCCAACGUUCCGCUUAGGGUUUGGGUUUGCGGUUACGGCCUUCAGUGCCUGGUGCAUGUGGUGCUGGUGUGGCUCGAGUACCGCCGCAGGAAUUCGCCCAUUGGGGAUCGCCGGGAAGAUGGAUUCACGGGGGCAGAUGUAAGUGAUGAAGAGGAUGACGAUGAAAGGAUUCCGUGGUUGGGUAUUGGCAGUCGAUCCAGUGCUGCUAAAAGAUGGGAAUCUUUGAAUACCAUGGCUUCGUUCUUAUGGUGGAUAAUUGGCUUUUAUUGGGUAAUCUCGGGUGGUGAAAUCCUUUUGCGCGAUGCUCCACGCCUGUACUGGUUAGCAGUGGUAUUUCUAGCCUUCGAUGUAUUCUUUGCCAUAUUUUGUGUUGUUUUAGCUUGUCUCAUAGGAAUUGCUCUCUGUUGCUGCUUGCCUUGCAUAAUUGCAAUUCUUUAUGCUGUUGCUGGCCAGGAAGGUGCAUCGGAGGCGGAUCUCAAUGCCCUUCCCAAGUACAAAUUUCAUCUAAAUGAGGACGUUGAAAAUCCCAAUGUCAGUGCUGGUGGUAGAAUGGUGCCAAUUGAUACAGGCAGUGGUUACUUGGCCAAUGAACGCGUUCUUUUAAUGGAAGAUGCUGAAUGCUGCAUAUGUCUCUGCCCAUACGAGGAUGGAGUAGAGCUUCACGCCCUCCCUUGUAACCAUCAUUUCCACACCACCUGUAUUGUGAAAUGGCUUAAGAUGAACGCAACUUGUCCACUAUGCAAGUUCAACAUCCUCAAAGGGAACGAACAAGUUUGAGGAGUAGGUAAACAAAAAUUCCAAAAAAAAAAAACCUUUGGUAUGAAUUUAUGUGCCGACUUUUGCCAAUGUAUAGAACUAUGAAUGUUGGCAUGUCUCUCUCUCUCUCUCAGCAAUAGUUGCACUGUAAUUAGUUGAGCUUUAUACCGUGUUUUUGAUUGUCGAAGGUUGGGUUGUAGUAUUACCUGGUACUGUAAAUCAUUUAUUUGUUUGGUGUUUUUUAAAUAAUGAUUUUGAGUGCAGUGUUCUGCUGUCAAUUGACAGGGGGAAGGUCAUCUAAAGUUUUGUAUGUAUAUGUUUUGGUUCAUCCUUACUGACAAUCAUCAUGUUCAACUCUGAUUUUGAAACUUUGCCA